GCGGCGCAUUCCCGUGCGCACAGAUGCUGGAGUGGAAGCGACCGGCGCGCUCCUCUCAGCGGGACUGAACGCAUCGAAGAGCGGAGACCGGAGGAGAGGAUCACCCGGUGUGUGUCCGUCCAGGAGCCUCAGACCGCGGUUAGCGAUGCCGAGAACAAGUCGCUCCGCGGGCAGCAGGACUUAAAAAGCUGUGGUCCAUCCACUGGAACACUUUUCUACCUACUCUGGCCCCUUCCCCUCUCUGUCUCCCUCCGCUCUGAUAAGAACCACAAGAACCCAGGCGCUCCUCGUCCAGUUUGCUCGCUCUUCGAGUCUCGAACCGCAGUUUGACAACAGGUCGAGGUUCGGUUUUGGACACGAUGUGGAUCACCGGGACUCUGAUGCUGCUGCAGGCGCUAUCGGCGUCCGGAGAACUCCAGCAAGAGACGGAGCCGCGGAGACUCCCACCUCCGGGAAAGUUGGAUUUCGGUUAUGUGCCUGCGGGAGUUUACGAGACACUCGCCCAUUACGAGCCGGGACCGAUCGGGAUUCUGUUCCACAUGGUACACGCCUUUCUGUACGCGGUGCAGCCCAACGCUUUCCCGCAAGAUCUCAUUGUCAAACUGGCGAAGGACAAGUUCGGGGCCAUUCAGACAGAAUACCAAAAGCCAGAGAACAUUGUGCUGACCCUCCAGGCCAUCUACUACGAGAUAGGCUUCCUAGUGUGUGCGGCGGUGGGCCUGCUGUUCGCCAUUCUCUUGCCGAUAGUCGGCCUCUUCUUCUGCAUGUGCCGCUGCUGUGACAACUGCGGCGGCGAGAUGCACCAGCGCCAGAGGAAGAACGCAGACUGCCGGCGAGGCCUGCUGGGAACUCUACUCUUCUCCACCUCACUGGUUAUCACGAUUGGAGUUCUGUGUGCGUAUUCUGCCAACCAGAACCUGAGCUCUCAGGUGAAGAACAUCCGGCGACUGGUCAACAGCAACAUGAGGGACCUGCACACCUUCGCUAAUGACACGCCAAUGCAAAUUGAUUACCUAAUAUCCCAAUACGCCACCGCCAAGAACAAAGUCAUCUAUGACCUAGAUAACAUAGGUCCAUUAUUGGGUGGAAGGAUACAUGAUCAGUUGGAUAAGGAGGUCCAUCCUGCCUUGGACCAGGUGCUCAAUAUGGCUGGAGUGAAAAUCGAGAGAGCCAUCAAAGCCAUGCGAGAAACAAAAGAGGCCCUGGAGAACGUUAGUGUGUCUCUGGAGGUCCUCCAGGAAGGAACAGGGAAACUCAACUUCAACCUGAGUUUAGUCCGGACCAGUAUCAACCGAACCCUCAACGACCCCGGCUGUCACGACGAGGAGUCAGACGCCACCACUGCCCAGCUGUGCCGUAACAUCCGCCAGUCACUGUCCCAGCUGCAGAUUAGUGCUAAUUUCACACGGCUACCCAAUGUGAAUCCUCAGUUGGAAAAGGUGAACGAUGUAUCGAAAACAGACCUUAGCACCAUCGUCCAGAGGGGCUUCUCCUCUUUGAACAACACACCACAUAUGGUGGUCGAACAGACCAGAAGUGUCGUUGAGAAUGUACAGAAUCUGGUGGAUGGCAUUGGCAAUAACAUCAGCAGCUUUUCCAAGGCAUUCCCAGUGCAGAGCUGCCUGUCCAACUUCACUAUCUUCGUUAGCCAUGCGCAUGCCAAGAUCGAGGACUACUACCCUGAAAUUGACAAGAUGGAUUUCUACAGGUGGAUUGGCUGUAUUGCUCUUUGCUGCAUGGUGGUCCUGGUCCUGGCCUUCAACUACCUGGGCCUGCUGUGUGGCACUCUGGGAUACGACAAACAUGCCUCACCUACAACACGAGGCUGCAUCUCCAAUACAGGAGGAACAAUGCUUAUGGCCGGCGUUGGAUUUAGCUUCAUCUUCUCCUGGGUGCUGAUGGGUGUGGUGACCAGUCUCUUCCUGGCGGGAGGGAACAUGGAGAAACUUGUUUGUGAACCAUUCCAGAGCAAAGAGCUCUUCAAGGUUGUGGACACCCCGUAUCUAAUCCACCCAGAGUGGAAGAACUUCAUCCCUGGCUACAUGUACAACGACUCCGACCUGGAACUGACGGCAGAGAGCUUGUACAGUACAUGCAAGCAGAACAAAGGCAUCUACUCUGCCUUGCGUCUGGACAAAGUCUUCAACAUCUCCUCUUUCCUGAACACCACAGUGUUCACUAAGGAUGUGGUCGGUCAGCUGGACAGUGUUAAGAUCGACCUGAGAGGAAUAAUCCUGUUAGAGGCAGAGGGGAAGCAGAACCUCCUGGAUUUCUCUGAAGCAGGGCUGUCAGAAAUCAACUACGCCGACUACCUGGAAGAGGUAAAUAAAGGAGUCACUGUAGUGGAUCUGCUCUCAUUUGCCAGAGAGCUUGAAGCCCAGACAGACCUCAUGCCCAGAGGCCCUCUGCACACUGCUCUGAAGGGCCACAUCAGCACUCUGCGGCAGAUCCACAGACAACAGAUCAUCCCUAUGGAGCAAGCCAUGAAAUAUGUUAGAGCAAGGAGUGCACUGAACCAGAGUAUGAGGUUCCUGGAGAGAACGGCUUCUGACCUCCCAAACAAAGUCUUAGCUAUUCUUGAUGCCAUUGAAGCUGCCCAGUACCUCAUCUCCCACAAUGCUACACAUUUAAUAAGUCAGGAAACAGGAAAAUACACAGCGACCAUUGUCGGCUACUUCCAUCAAUACACAGAGUGGGUCAAAACAUCUCUGGCCAUGGAGGUCGCACCAUGCAAGCCGUUCAGCAACAUGGUGGACACAGCGGAAAUCAUGGCCUGUAGCUUCUUGGUCGACUCUAUGAACACUUUCUGGAUGGGUCUGGGCUGCAGCACUCUCUUCCUGCUCCCGAGCAUCAUCCUGGCAGUGAAACUAGCAAAGUAUUACCGCAGGAUGGACACAGAGGAUGUUUACGAUGACAUUGAGACAAUUCCCAUGAAAACAGUCAGCCAAAGUCCGAUGAAUGUACACCUGAUCAUUUUGUUCAGAGAGAGGCAAGCAUGUCAAGCUUUGGUGUGACGCUGGAAAUGCUGCUCCUUUGAUUUUCUCCUGAAUCUAACAAAACGUCUAACCGCAUGUUAUAUAUUUUUAAGUUUCAUUUGGACGGGGAUGAGUUUGGCCAACCAACCUACUGUAACAGAAGCUAUAGGCAGAGAGCAAAAUAGCUAAAUUAUAGACAAGACCAGUCACUAGCUGGGUCUUAGUGCCACAAUUAUCCCUCAUGUCGUCUUUGAAACUUGUUAAACUAUACGAGAGCGGUUUCAUUCCAAGAGGAACUAUUCACAUUUUGAACUAGUGAUGCCUUCCUGGAAAGCAAAAAAUUAAUUAAAAACAAUGACACUAUUUUUGAUGUUUUUCAGAUUUUUUCUUAAAAUGCAAAAAAGUUAUGGAAUGAAACCCACAAAUUACUGUCCAAAAAGAAGGGGCAGUAAGUAAUCUAUAUAACCUCAGCUGACCUCUAUCUACAGUCAGUAAGUACUGAAACACUGACACUUAAUGAGAUUACACUGUGUUAGUCUGAAGAAAGUAAUACAUUUAAGUUGGUUAGGACUUGUAACUUUAAAAAAGCUGACAGAAAUAUGUCCACUAAAAUAUUUGAAGCAACAGAAGUCAGAGAAUUUUUGCAGCAAUCUUUGGCAAUCCACACAUAUUGACAACCUGACAAAUAUUCUUAUUUGGAGCUUUCAGAAAUUUACUUAACGCCCCUUUAACUGGCUGUAGAGUUUGACGUCGGAGGAUGUUGAUGCAGCUGUUUUGCUCUCUGUCUUGUGAACCGCUUGUCUUUCUCCUCUUUGUCAAAUAAAAGACGAGAAGCAAGCAACAGUUUCACUAAAUGGUGAUGACUUAAUUCAAUUUCCUGUCUGUGGCUGUUAAUUUUGUGCCCUGUGUGUGUGUGUUUGUGUGUGUUUCUAUGCCUGUAGCAUCCCUACCUAUGAAACCAUGAACAGGUUCCCGCGGGCCUCGGCUCCUCCGAGGCACAUCGACUGGUGACAGACAGCCAGCUCUUGUUCUGGCUCCUGAAAGCUUGUUUUAGUGCUUUUAUGCUCGCAGGAAAACCAUCAUGUGCCCUCGAAAACUGGAACUAAAACACACCAUACUGCUCAUUUCCCAAUUCCUUGGACCAGACGAAGUUCAAUAAAAGCUGGUUUCUUUAAAACAAAGCAAGAACACACAAAGUCCUGCAGAUGCUUAUAUCUUCAAUGAUCACCUGAACUUUUUUAUUCAGGCCAAUCACAGCCUUCAGUGCGGUUACUGCCUGCAGGACGUCAAACUCUUCUCCCCUCAGCAUCACUCUGAGCCAGGCUUGUUCUGCAUUUUUCAAAAGACUGCUGUGUCUGCGUUUACAUUUGUUCGGAUACAAAACAAAGCUGAAAAAACAUUCAGUGAGAGGACAUAACAUUAACUGUGAUGCUUAUUCGUUCAAAUGUUCUUAUUUGUGCUUAAGAAAACAGUGGCUGAAAGGUCACCUGAAGGACAUAGCAAGGUGAUAGAAGACUUUUUUUUUCUUCCUGCACAUAAAAUGGAUGUGGCACUUUCAACCCAGAUAUAACAGAGUGAAAAUACACCUGUGACAAAAGCUGCAAAUCUGCAUGAUGUGUAGUGUGUUCAAAAGUGCUGCUUUGUUGAAGAUGACACAUCCUUUUUACUUGCAGUAUGUGUUGGAUGGCGAUUGCAUGGUAUCUUAAUGACUGAAAACUGGAAGAUUUGAACAAAAUGGUAAAAUACAGAGACAUGUUGGGGGAUAUCUUAAGAAAAGUUAGCAUGGCUGUUAAAAAUGUUUACAGUAUUACAAGAAAGUUUGUCUUUGCUGGUUUGGGGCACAUUGCAAAUGACAGGCUGCCUUUCAGAAGUAUAUUUUACCCUGGCAUUUGGCAGAUUUGCUCCUUUUCAAAAGAGAAAAUCCACCAUCAGAUGCUGUUACGCUGCUGAUAAUCCACAAUCUGGGAAUUAUUUUGUUGUACAGUGUUUAAAAGUUACUCCUCAUAUUUUUUAACCAUAAGAAAUUUCCUUAAAUCUCUGCCAUCUACUUUCGAGCUGGAUGUUAUUUCCCUAUAUACCCUACAAUGCAAUGUCUUUUAACAACAACUAAAGUGGCCAAGAAAUGCAUUUAAAGAUGAUAAGAUGAAAAUAAGAUGGCUUGAUGUGGCAAUGCAUUAUGGUCUACUAGGGUGAU